GACCUGGGUCGGCGCCUCCACGUGACCAUCCACUAUGGCUUCCCUGUGUCAGGGCCAGCUGUGUAGUGGCUUGGUGUGAUUUGUUAGCUAUUCGAGGCAGGGUACCCUCCUCAGGACUGAGACAUGCAAAAAAUUAAAUCUCUCAUGACCCGACAGGGUCUGAAAAGCCCUCAAGAAAGCCUCAGUGAUCUUGGUGCCAUAGAGAGUCUCCGGGUCCCUGGAAAGGAAGAAUUCAGGGAACUUCGAGAACAGCCAAGUGACCCUCAAGCUGAACAAGAGCUUAUUAAUAGUAUUGAACAAGUAUAUUUUUCUGCGGAUUCAUUUGAUGUUGUUAAAUAUGAGCUGGAGAAGCUUCCACCUGUUCUCAAUUUGCAAGAAUUAGAGGCGUACAGAGACAAAUUGAAACAACAGCAAGCUGCAGUAUCUAAAAAAGUGGCAGAUUUAAUCCUUGAAAAACAGCCUGCUUACGUAAAGGAACUUGAAAGAGUUACCUCAUUGCAGACAGGUCUUCAAUUAGCUGCUGUUAUCUGUACAAAUGGCAGAAGACACUUGAAUAUUGCAAAGGAAGGUUUUACUCAAGCUAGUUUAGGCCUUCUUGCAAAUCAAAGGAAACGUCAGUUGCUGAUUGGACUUCUGAAAUCUCUGAGAACUAUAAAAACAUUGCAAAGAACAGAUGUACGGUUAAGUGAAAUGCUGGAGGAGGAAGAUUAUCCAGGAGCUAUUCAGUUGUGCCUUGAAUGUCAGAAAGCUGCCAGCACUUUUAAACAUUACAGUUGUAUAAGUGAACUGAAUUCAAAGCUGCAAGAUACUUUGGAACAGAUUGAGGAACAGUUGGACGUAGCUCUUUCCAAAAUCUGCAAGAAUUUUGACAUUAACCAUUAUACCAAGGUUCAACAAGCUUAUCGACUUCUUGGAAAAACACAGACAGCAAUGGAUCAACUUCAUAUGCACUUCACCCAAGCCAUUCACAACACCGUGUUUCAAGUUGUUCUUGGUUAUGUGGAACUAUGUGCAGGAAACACAGACACAAAAUUCCAAAAGCUGCAAUAUAAGGAUCUCUGUACACAUGUUACACCAGACAGCUAUAUUCCAUGCCUUGCAGACCUAUGCAAAGCACUGUGGGAAGUUAUGCUCAGCUAUUAUAGGACUAUGGAAUGGCAUGAAAAGCAUGACAACGAGGAUACUGCUUCAGCUUCUGAAGGGAAUAAUAUGAUAGGUACUGAAGAAACUAAUUUUGAUCGUGGCUACAUAAAAAAGAAAUUAGAACAUGGACUUACACGAAUAUGGCAGGAUGUUCAGCUAAAAGUAAAAACCUACUUGCUUGGAACCGAUUUGUCUAUAUUCAAAUAUGAUGAUUUCAUCUUUGUUUUGGACAUAAUCAGCAGGUUGAUGCAAGUUGGAGAAGAAUUUUGUGGUAGCAAGUCUGAAGUUUUACAGGAAUCUAUUAGAAAACAAAGUGUCAAUUAUUUCAAAAAUUACCAUAGAACACGGCUCGAUGAACUGAGAAUGUUCUUAGAGAAUGAGACUUGGGAACUUUGUCCUGUUAAGUCAAAUUUCAGCAUCUUGCAACUUCAUGAAUUUAAAUUCAUGGAACAGUCUCGCUCCCCAUCAGUUUCACCUAGUAAGCAGCCAGUCUCAACUUCUUCAAAAACAGUGACCUUGUUUGAGCAGUACUGUAGUGGUGGGAAUCCAUUUGAAAUUCAGGCCAACCACAAAGAUGAAGAAACAGAAGAUGUCUUAGCUUCUAAUGGGUAUGAAUCUGAUGAACAAGAAAAGAGUGCCUAUCAAGAGUAUGACAGUGACAGUGAUGUUCCUGAGGAACUCAAACGAGACUAUGUGGAUGAGCAGACAGGAGAUGUUCCUGUGAAAAGUGUUUCUCGGGAAACUCUAAAAAGCAGGAAGAAAUCAGAUUACAGUCUAAAUAAAGUGAAUGCCCCUAUCUUAACAAAUACAACGUUGAAUGUAAUAAGACUUGUUGGAAAAUAUAUGCAGAUGAUGAACAUUCUUAAGCCAAUUGCCUUUGAUGUUAUUCAUUUCAUGUCUCAACUAUUUGAUUAUUACUUGUAUGCAAUAUAUACCUUUUUUGGUCGGAAUGAUUCAUUGGAAUCCACAGGACUCGGCCUUAGUAGUAGUAGACUAAGAACAACUCUAAACAGAAUACAAGAAAGCCUUAUUGAUCUAGAAGUUUCUGCUGAUCCUACUGCCACACUCACAGCAGCAGAAGAAAGAAAGGAGAAGGUGCCAAGUCCACACCUCAGUCACCUGGUGGUUUUGACAUCUGGGGAUACAUUGUAUGGGUUGGCAGAAAGAGUUGUAGCCACGGAAUCCUUGGUAUUCUUGGCUGAACAGUUUGAGUUCCUUCAGCCGCAUCUGGAUGCUGUGAUGCCUGCAGUCAAAAAGCCCUUUCUUCAGCAGUUCUAUUCUCAGACAGUCUCAACUGCCAGUGAACUACGCAAACCAAUUUACUGGAUUGUGGCUGGUAAAGCCCUUGAUUAUGAACAGAUGCUGCUCCUCAUGGCUAAUGUGAAAUGGGAUGUAAAAGAAAUUAUGUCACAGCACAACAUAUAUGUAGAUGCACUAUUAAAGGAAUUUGAGCAGUUUAACAGGAGGCUAAAUGAAGUUUCUAAGAGAGUUCGAAUACCCUUGCCUGUGUCUAAUAUACUUUGGGAACAUUGUAUACGAUUGGCUAAUCGAACUAUCGUAGAAGGAUAUGCCAAUGUCAAGAAGUGCAGUAAUGAGGGUCGCGCCCUGAUGCAAUUGGAUUUUCAACAGUUUUUAAUGAAACUUGAAAAACUAACAGAUAUUAGACCCAUUCCUGAUAAAGAAUUUGUGGAAACUUAUAUUAAAGCCUAUUACCUAACUGAGAAUGACAUGGAACGCUGGAUCAAAGAGCACAGGGAAUAUUCAACGAAGCAGUUGACCAAUCUGGUGAAUGUUUGCCUGGGAUCCCAUAUCAAUAAGAAAGCAAGACAAAAACUUCUAGCAGCUAUAGAUGAUAUAGACAGACCUAAAAGAUAAUGAACACUGCUCUUUUUCCUCAAUGGCAUUGAUCCUUACUCAACAUAUAUGACCUGAAAGCCAGUUUUUUAAUGCACUUCUGACAACUAUCUGCUAAAAAAUCUUUGUGCAUGUUUUCUUCGACUGGAAAGUGAAAAACAUUGAAAUGUGUGUGGUGUUCUCAUGACUUUUAUAUGCUGUGGUCUCUUCAACUUUUGGUCUCAUUUGUUGUAAUCUGAAAUGAUAUUGUUGCCUUGUCAUAACAAUGGUUAUGUGACUACAGUUAUACAUUUUACAGAAGAAUGUACCAUAAGUAUAUAAUUAGAAGAACAGUGGCUUAAUAUAUGUAUGGGAAGUUUAUGGAGAAUGAAGUUGGCAUUUUUCUACCCUCUGAGCUUGGUUCUUACUAAGCAUAAUGUGAGGGUGAAUGUGUAGUAUCUCGUAAUUAUGAGCACUGCAUGAGAAUUAAAAAACACGUGUAAGUAACAUAGAUGAAAAAUCAGUAUGUUCUCUGUUUUUAAAAUGUCAAAGUUUAUGUCAGGGUUAAUUUAGUUAUAACAAAGUGAUCAUAAAUGAUGAAAUGUAAUAAAUAUACUCGAGUAUGAUCAGCCUAUGUGAGACUACAUUUUGAUUUUUUGUGUGGCACGCAGAUGUCAUGAACUAUAGUGCAGCUUUUAGCGUGUUCUAAUUUUAAUUGUUUUGUAUCCUGAAACCAAUGGUGAAAAGUAAUUUCAUUGAGUGUGCCUUUUCAAUGCCUGAGUAGCAUACAGAAUCAUGAUUAUGAGAUUUUCUUUUAUCUUUCUUUAUAAACAUAUGGUUUUUUUUUGUUGAAAGUUUUGGUCUCUUUAAAUUCACAUUUUGUCCUAGGACAGUAAAACCCAGGUCAACUGACUCAGGAAGCAGUUGUCUGCUAGUCACGCGUAUAUGUAUGGUCAUAUGUUCACUCUUCUUAAAUAUCUGCCUUUUGUAACACAAAUGUAAAAUAAUAUCAGUCUAGCCAAUGAUGAACUCUGGAAUCCACUUAGUCUUCAGUAAGUAUGUGUUGUUCCUCUAAACUUUGCCCUGAAGCCAGGGAUCUUCUCCUAAUAUAUGUGACAUGAAAAUCCAUUUUCCAUGUACUCUUACCAACUAUCUGAUAAGGAAUUUUGCGUGUGUUCUUUCUGACUGGGGAGUGGAAGACAUCUAAAUUUGUGUGGCAUUGGUCCAAUGAUUGCCAUGCAUGACCUGUAACAUCAACAGCUGACGGAAUCCUAAGGAAUCAUGUGAGAAACAGGCCUUGGGUCUUGUGAGUCUCUGGGACCUAAGGUGAUGAAAUGGAUGGCACAGGAUGGCAUGUGAUCAAGCAUGGAGGUGAUAAGGAAACAAUUGCUACUCUGUGUCCAUCAGCCCCUGCGAUGUCUGUAAGUGCACAGUGUAAUGUGAAGCACUUUCAGAAUAUGCUUGUGUGUGUCUGUAUGCUGAGUGUUUUCAUCCUCUCACUUCACAGUUCAUUUACUGUCAGUUUAAAACUUUCCUCUUGUAAAAAGGUAUGAGUUUGGUGCCACUGUGAUUUGCUUGUGGCUAGAUCAUGCACUCGUGAAGUAGAUUCUGCCUGUAGCCAUUAUUUAUAUGCAGCCACUUGAAGAAAACAAACAUGAGAUAAGCUGGGUCUUUGAGUUUAAAUGGCAUAUUCAGCUGGGCACAUAAAGAGCUAAUCAAUCUUUUUAAAUUUUCAAUUGAUGAGGAGCUGCUUAUUUGUCGUUUCUACGUGGAUUUUAUAGUUGCUUCCUUUAAUUUCUACUUUAGUUGGCCCUAGAUAAUAUGAACAGUAAUUACCUGCCUGGUAGAGCCCAGUGUUUUCCAAGGUAAUAGGAAUUGAUACAAAAGAAUUACUUAUCUUGUUAGAGACUCAGCCAUGCAAUCUGACAGACAUUUUAACCUACCCUUACUUUGCUCUCUCCAUCUUCAAAUGAAAUGGUGAAUAUUUUUAAUGCUUUUGAAAAAAGUUUCUUUGGUUUUUGGUUUUGGUUUUUUUUUUUUUUUUUUUGCAUUAAAAGGUGGCUUAAUAAGUGCUAGCUAGCAUCAAAACAGUAACAGGAGAUUUGAGUCAUGAAAUUACCUAAUCACAAGAGAAUUACCAGACAUUUCUCAAAUACUUUAUACAGUAAUAUUGAAUUAUAACCAUGUAACAUUUUGUGAAACUAAUUUUAAGAUAAAUAGAAUUGAAAAGCUGAGAACGUAAAUAGAAUUAUACAUGUUCCAAAAACUACUAUCAUUACCAAAAAUGUAUUCUUUUUGAGUCUAAACUUUCCUUAACUUUGAUAUUUUCCAUGAAAGUGUCCUGUAGAAUUUACCAUGGGAGCAUGGUAAAUUAGCAUUCCCUGAGAAAGAAUGAUUCUUUCUACAAAUACAUUGUCUUGCAUUUAAAAAUGCUAGGGGGACACAUAGCAAUUCAAAUGAACUAGUUUGCUUUGGUUUAUAAAACCAACAGAGAUCUUGUAAGUUCACUUUAACUAAUAAACUCAUUUACACAACUUAUGAAAUGAAUUUCUCUUGAAACCAGGGCCAUAUGGUAUUUUACCAUAUCUUUAAAUAAAAUUUCGUUUCAAAAUUUCUAUUUGGCUGAGUGCUAAAGUGAAACUUUGUUAUAUUAAAUACCUUUUUCUUUACUCACCGAAAAGUAGUAAAAGGCUUGUAAUUCAA